GUUAAGAUGAACAAAGAUUUUGAACCAUUUGCGCUACUUUUCUUACGAAAUAAAAAGUGAAAACCUAAUUGGGUUUCGUUUAGAAACCUGGCGGAACUGUACAAUAGAAUAGCAGCACGGAAGAACGGUCUCUGCAAUACCUGAGCUUAGCAUAUUUCUAGGGAUUUAACUUUCGAGAAUUUACUAUCUCCUUUGGGUUUUCGUGACAGAAAUUUCAUCGAUUUUUAUUGAAAGUGAGGCCAAUGAAUGUGAAUGCUCCAGAAAAGGCAAAGUUGGAGACCGUUUUGAUGUAAAAUUGAGUCGAAUGAAUAUCAAGAAUAGUUGAGAACGAUUUAAAGGAACAUCUCGUGAAAGUAGUGCCAAUUGUGCCAUCAGAUAUUGGUUAUCAUCUACCAUGGAUACAAAUUCAAUCCAAAAUUCUGCUGGAGAUAGCUUAAUGAAAAAUAAGAGGAGGAGGAAGAAGGCUAACAAAACAGAUGAACUGCUGAACAUGAAUCAGAUGGAUGAUGCUUUGGAAGUUCCUCAUAUUGGCAAAAUUUGUACUGCUGCCGUUAAUGAUUUGCAAAAUAAUCUUAUGGAGUUAGGAUCACAAUCACAGGCUGAACAAUCUCAAAUUGUCACAAAGCCAAUUGAACUUCACGCAGGACAGACGGUGCUGAGAAAAAAGAAAAAGAGAGAACAGAAGAAAAUGGAGGCUAAAAUUGAAGGUGAACAUCAAAGCGUGGAUCAGAUGGAUGAUCAUUUGGAAGUUCCUGCCAUUGGAAAACUUUGUAAUGAUGUGCAGAAUAAACUUAUUGUGUUAGAUUCAACUGCACAAUGGCAUGUGGAACAAUCUAAAGUGGAUAGAAGGUCAACUGAAAAUAUUACAGAAGGGACAGUGCUGAGCAAAAACAAAAAGAAAAAACAGAAGAAAAAGAAGGCUAAAAAUGAAGCUGAACUUCGAAGCGUGGAUCAGAUGGAUGAUCAUUACAUUGGAAAAAUUUGUACUGGAACCAAUAGUGACUUGCAAAAUAAUUUUGUUGAGUUAGAUUCAACUGCACUAUUGCAUGUGGAACAAUCUAAAAUGAACUCAGGGUCAUCUGAAAAUAUUUCUGAAGGGACAGUGCAGAGGAAAAAGAGAAAGAGAAAACAGAAGAAAGAGAAGGCUAAAAAUGAAGGUGAACUUCAAAGCGUGGAUCACAUGGAUGAUCAGUUGGAAGUUCCAGCCAUUGGCAAACUUUGUAUUGUAGCCGACAAUGAUUUGCAGAAUAAUCUUAAUGACUUAGAUUCAACUGCACAAUGGCAUGUCGAACAAUCUAAAAUGGAUACGAGGUCAACUGAAAAUAUUACAGAAGGGACAGUGCAGAGGAAAAAGAAAGAGAAAAAACAGAAGAAAAAGAAGGAUAAAAAUGAAGGUGAACUUCAAAUUGUUGAUCACAUGGAUAAUCAUUUGGAAGCUCCAGCAAUUGGCAAACUUUGUAUUGUAGCCAACAAUGAUUUGCAGAAUAAUCUUAUUGAGUUAGAUUCAAGUGAACAAUGGCACGUCGAACAAUCUAAAAUGGAUACAAGGUCGACUGAAAAUAUUACAAAAGGGACAGCGCAGAGGAAAAGGAGAGAGAAAAAACAAAAGAAAAAGAAGGCUAAAAAUGAAAGUGAACUUCAAAGCGUCAAUCAGAUGGAUGAUCAUUUGGAAGCUCCGGCUGACAAUGAUCUGCAGAAUAAUCUUAUUGAGUUAGAUUCAAGUGCACAAUGGCAUGUCAAACAAUCUAAAAUGGAUACAAGGUCAACUGAAAAUAUCACAGAAGGGACAACGCAGAGGAAAAAGAAAAAGAAAAAACAGAAGAAAAAUGAGGCUAAAAAUGAGAGUGAACUUCAAAGCGUUGAACAGAUGGAUGAUCAUUUGGAAGCUCCAGCAAUUGGCAAACUUUGUACUGUAGCCAACAGUAAUUUGCAGAAUGAUGUUAUUGAGUUAGAUUCAACUGCACGAUUGCUUGUGGAACUAUCUAGAAUUGAUACUAGUUCAACUGAAAAUAAUACAGAGAGGACAGUGCUGAGCAAAAAGGAAAACAGAAAACAGAAGAAAAAGAAGGAUAAGAAUGAAGGUGAACUUCAUAGUGUGGAUAUAGCCAAUAAUGACUUGCAGAAAAAUAUUAUUGAGUUAGGUUUAACUGCCCAAUUGCACUUGGAACAAUCUAAAAUGGAUACUAGGUCAAUUGAAAAUAUUUCAGAAGGGACGGUGCAGAAGGAGAAGAGAAAAAGAAAACAGAAGAAAAAGAAGGCUAAAAAUGAAGGUGAACUUGAAAGCGUGGAUCAGAUGGAUGAUCAUUUGGAAGUCCCUUCCAUUGGCAAACUCUGUAUUGUAGCUAAUAAUGAUUUGCAGAAUAAUCUUAUUGAGUUAGAUUCAACUGCAAAAUGGCAUGUGGAACAAUCUAAAAUGGAUACAAGGUCCACUGAAAAUACUACAGAAGGGACAGUGCAGAGGAAAAGGAGAAAGAAGAAAAAGGCUAAAAAUGAAGGAGAACUUCAUAAGGUCAAUCAGAUGGAUGAUCAUUUGGAAGCUCCUGCCCUUGGCAAACCUUUUAUUGUAGCCAAUGAUGAUUUGCAGAAUAAUCUUGUUGAGUUAGAUUCAACUGCACAAUUUAACACUGAAGAGGCUAAAAUGGGUACAAGGUCAACUAAAAAUCUUUCAGAAGGGAUAGCACAGAGGAAAAGGAGUUGGAGAAAACAAAACGAAAUGAGGGCUAAUACUAAAGAUGAACGUCAAAGUGUGGGUAUUAUGUCAAAUCUGAACCUGCCGGAUGUAACUCAUGGAGUAGGGAAUGGCACUAAGGUAAUUACAAAUGAGAGCACAACCUCUUUAUUGCAUUUGGUGCAUGAUACAAUGAAACCUGUUGGCUUAAAUAAAAACAAGGCUUCCUUGGCACCAGUUGACAUUGAUUCAAAAUCUUAUUCUGAAUUCCUUGAGCUGAGAUCUGCACCUAUGGAGAGGCCAAGGGAGAUGGAGGUUGAAAUGUUUUCUUGUAAAAGCCGACAUAUACCUCUUCCUCAUGAGAUGUCUAGUAAAAAUGAGAAAAUCGAGAAUGAGUUCAAAAAAGAAGAAAAUAUUGUUCAUCAGGGUAAAGAUUCAGCUGCAUGCUCAUCCUGUGAUGUGGCUGUGACCAAGCAUCUCUCCUCUCCUAUUUUGAAGGAAGAUCACUUGUCAAACGAUUCAUUUCUAGGAAUAGCACCAGUUGCUUCUGUCAGGAGAAAACUUCUUGUUCUUGAUGUCAAUGGUCUACUUGCAGACAUCGUAAUGCCAGCACCUAAAGACUCUGUAGCAGAUACACGUCUAUUGGGACGGGCAGUUUUCAGGAGACCUUUCUGCAAUGAUUUUCUGAAGUUUUGCUUUGAGAACUUUGAUGUCGCCAUAUGGUCAUCAAGAUCUAAGAAAGUUAUUGAUAUAGUUGUUGAUUAUUUACUGGGAGAUCUACGACAGAAGUUGCUAUUUUGUUGGGAUAUAUCACAGAGUACUCAAACAAGGUUCAAAACUCUUGAAAACGAGCAUAAACCCUUGGUCAUGAAGGAGCUAAAGAAAAUUUGGGAAAAAUAUGAUCCUAGACUUCCUUGGGAGAAGGGAUAUUAUAAUGAAACGAACACAUUGUUGUUGGAUGAUUCUCCUUACAAGGCCCUUCUCAAUCCUCUGCACACUGCAAUAUUUCCGUAUUCAUACCAUUACAAGGACAAAAGUGACAAUUCUCUAGGUCCUGGAGGUAAUCUUCGAGUUUAUUUGGAAGAUAUGUUAAAGUGUGACAAUGUAAAGAAAUAUGUCGAGCAACAUCCAUUUGGUCAAGGUGCUAUAGAUGAGAGAAAUAUUUAUUGGAGCUUCUACUCCAGGGUUCUCGAGAGUGUAUCGGCUAAAUCUUUCUAGAGACUGCUUACUGUUGCCAGCUUGCUCUUGGGAUCCAUGAAACUGAUGAGCAUUAGUGUUUUCCGUUUGGUCUUUGUCUUUAACAUGGGGGGAAGGUGAAAACAGCAGAAGCAUGUAGAUGAGACAAGACAAAUCUAAAGAUUGACAGUUGCACAAAGUUACUUCAUACACAAUCAAAUGUAAUUCUUGUUCUUCAAAGGUGGCAUUAAGACUGUCAAAGAGAAACUUUACUGAGGAAAUAGAGUAGCUUUCCUCUUUCUUUUUGCUGUUCAUUAUUUAUAAAUUUUUUGAUCUACUGUAUUUGUAGUUUGGGCAGGAGAUGAAUUUAAAAGAUCUUCUGGUCAUUGGUGAGUGUAUUUGUCAUUUUUGAAACGUUGAAAAGGAUGUGUCGUUCACUUAUGCUUCCUGUAUGUUGGGUCAGGCACUAUGUCGAAAUGAUUCAGCUGGUUGAUGACAAUGCUUUGAUAUGUACGAAACUUCCACGAAUGUUAUUUUCUUUCGAAUUAG